GUCUCGUGUUUCUGGUGUAAAUGGCGCUAACGCUUUCAUAUAUUGCUGUUGACGUGGCAACUCCAGUUACGGUGUUAGCGCAAUUGCUUCGUGCAGCGCAGUGUUACCCAUUCCUAAUCGUGGGUGACGGAUAGUAACAAAAACAAAACAAAAUAAGUUGAAGCAACUGGUGUCGGUGGACAAGCUUCAAGCUUGUUUGAAGCUAAAUAAUAGAUAAACAGCGCAAAUAUUUUUAAGAAAAUAAAUCCAAAUUUAUUUUGAAGAAGUGUGCAGAGUAAAUAUUUAGCAAAACCAGCUGUAUACAUAUCUGUGUAUAUACAUAAGCUUGCGUGCAUACGAGGGGAAUCUAUUUUACAUACAAUUGAAUGCAUUUGCAAAUCGUUCAUUAGGUUAUUGUUUUUAUGCCUGUUUUAUACAUAUUUUGCAAAUAUGAAGGGAAAUGUGGAUUGUGAAAAUGUAUCUACUAAAUCGGAUGAUUUCAGUGAUGCCCGUCCAAUACUAAGCAAGUGAUGAACUCUACAAUUUUAAUUUUUUUGGUUCCACGUACUGAUUUUGAGACUACAACUGUAAUCUAAGUACAUAGUCGAAUAGUGCAAAAAGUCAUACCCAGACACUGAAUUUCGGAAUAAAAUGUCAGUGAUACCAAGAGUUGGAUAUCCAGCUCACUCGCUACUUGUAUUCUUGGUUAUAUGCCAAAUUCGCUGGCCGGCGUUAUAUGCUCUCCCCCAUGCCCAACCUAUACCUGUCGAAGAAGUACCGGUAGCACUACCCCAGGAACCACUACCGAACGUGCCCGCAUUACAUCAACCCCCCCUGCCGCAAGCCGUGCUACCGCUAAAUGUGCUGCCAGUUAAUGGACCAAUUGUGCCUACCACCACUAGCGCUACGCCAAAUGAGCCCGAGAUCCCAGAAUAUCGACGGCAAUGUUUCUAUGCUGAAGAGGAACUAUGUGAUAAACCCUUGCCGAAUUUGAAUCAACAGGCUACCGAUAUUCACACACAUUUAGGCACUUGCCAUUGUCGACCACAUCCCACCAUACCGACAUCGUGGUAUUGCUGCAACGUAACACACAUGUCCAUGAUCUCAUCGUGCAGUAACACCACAAAUUGGACCAACUUGCAUAUACGCAACGUAACACUGUCUGAGUUGGAUCUAUCGAACUCGCUCUACCAAACACUACAAUCGCUGGCGAUCACCGAUGGUAAUAUCACUAAGUUGAUUGGCGGCCUCUCACGUUUUUCAUCAAUCAAGUGCCUGAAUGUGUCCAAUAAUAAUCUGUCGGAAAUCACGCAGCGUGGUUUAAUACCGCCAAACCUAAAGGUGCUAGAUAUAUCUAAGAAUAAUUUAACGGGUAUACCCAACUUUAAUCAGAAUCAAAAUAUAACGGUAGAUGUAAGUGGCAACAACAACAUGCUAUGCUUCGACAUUUACAAUUCGAUCUUUCGCGAUUCGCUAAUGUUCGUCAAUCAGGAGAAUUCUUUUUGUUUGCAAAAUUUUACUUUUCGUUGGUUCAACUCAACUGAUUUAAUAUCCAUCAAAGAGCUGGUCAAAUGGCGCCCGCUAAACACCGAUUGUCCCAGCAUUCCCGGCUAUGGCAACUGCACUUGCAAGAAGGAGCACAUGGUCACCACUGUGACGGGUGAUCAAUCCGAGGCAAAAACAAAAAUUAUAUCAGAAGUUGAUUGCUCCAAUCUUGGGCUUAUUGAGCUACCGCCAAAACUACCCGAAAACACAUUCUCAUUAAAUGUGUCAAACAAUAAGAUCACGAGCAUUGGCAAACACUUCCAUACAAAUCCUACUUAUCAAAGUCUGAUUUAUCUGGUAGCGGACGACAACAAAAUAUCUACUAUGUAUGAUUUGGAGGGAACAGCUUUCAUGGAGCAUUUUCAAAGGCUUUACUUGCGGAACAACGCACUUAGCAGUGUAAGUUUUGGAAACAAAUACAAAUAAGAUACGUAAUCGCUGACGUACGCUCAAUAUCGUCGGCGAUACUGCAAAACGGUUUAAGUCUAUUAGUACCCUUGACAUUUAGUAUCUUACUUGCACCGGAAUGCUUC